CCGGCGCCGCGAUGGCGGUGGCAGCAGCAGCGGCGGCGGCCAAGGCUCCUGAGGUCCUUCGGGAAUGUGGCUGCAAGGGCAUCCGGACCUGUCUGAUCUGCGAGCGGCAGCGCGUUAGUGACCCACCCUGGCAGCUGCCCCCGGGGAAAACACACCAUUUCAUUUACUUCCCUGACACUGGCUGGGCUGUGGGCGCCCAGGAGUCUGACUUUGAGGGCUGGGCCUUCCCCUUCCCCGGAGUGAUGCUGAUAGAGGACUUUGUGACGCGGGAGGAAGAAGCUGAAAUGGUGCGUCUGAUGGACUGCGACCCCUGGAAGCUCUCUCAGUCUGGACGGAGGAAGCAGGACUAUGGCCCCAAAGUCAACUUUCGGAAACAGAAGCUAAAGACCGCAGGCUUCCAGGGCCUCCCCAGCUUCAGCCAGGAGGUGGUGCGGAGAAUGGCCCUCUACCCGGGGCUGGAGGGCUUCCGGCCCGUGGAGCAGUGUAACCUGGACUACUGCCCCGAGCGGGGCUCUGCCAUCGACCCCCACCUGGACGAUGCCUGGCUGUGGGGAGAGCGGCUGGUGAGCCUCAACCUCCUCUCCUCCACGGUGCUGUCCAUGUGCAGGGAGGCACCCGGCAGCCUGCUGCUCUUCUCCGCACCUUCUGCUGCCCUGGAGGCCUGGGAGGACAGCGUGAUAGCCCCCAGCAGGUCCAUCCUGUGCCAGGAGGUGGAGGUGGCCAUCCCCUUCCCCCGCCGCUCUCUGCUCGUGCUCACCGGAGCUGCGCGGCACCAGUGGAAACAUGCCAUCCACCGCAGGCACAUCAAGGCCCGCCGUGUCUGCGCCACCUUCCGGGAGCUCUCAGCUGAGUUCUGCCCUGGAGGGAGGCAGCAAGACUUGGGGCACGAGCUCCUGCAAAUCGCGCUCUCUUUCCAAGGAAGACCCGUGUGAGCCACCUUCCUGGGGACAGGAGCUCACUCUGGGUGGGGCCCGGUGGAGAUGCUGGCUCCAGAGUUGACCAUUUGCCACAACUGACGUGGGGAGCCCCAUGCAAGGGUCUUUUUUCCCUGCCCAUUAGGUUUUUAAGGGAAGACAUCUGAUCUCUGAUGCCACAGGCAGUGUGAGCCCUGCAGGAGCUGGGUUUGAUGGGAAUGCACCUUGGGUCAGUCCCCUUUGACCUGCACUGUUGCCACUCUUGUUUGGGUUAUUUAAUUGGUUACUGUUUGUGGAGAGUGGGCUAAUUUGAACCUAAAAAAUGUUGGUACCAUUUAAAACUACCUUUUCCUUUA